AUGAAAUAUGAGGAGGAUCCUGUGAUAGUUAAGGAUCAAGAUUCCGGCUCAGAUCGCCCCGAAUCGAAUCCCUCUGAUACCGAAUCUGAUUCUGACUCCAGUGCACAGAACGAUAGAGAUUCAGAAUCAGAUUGCGAGAGUGAAACCACUGAAUCGAAUUCUACUGAUUUAUUUGGGGCUUUCACCGGAAAUGGGAUGAUGUUCAGAGUGAAUGAUGUGGGUGGGCCUCCCGACGCUGUUGGGUCUGAAGAAAGCUCCUCCGAUGGGUCCUGGUUGGGAGGGUGGGUUGGGAAAGGCAAAGAGCCUGAGCCAGCGAGCAGCGGAAGCGAGACGAAGGUUCUGGAGAGUUUUGAUGCGCCUCCGGUGUCCAGUUUUGAUUCGGACCCCGAAAACUGCAAACAUGUGGGCGGAUCCGAGGAGGGCAACGCGCCAUCCUCUGGCAGUCGCGCAGCCAACGCUUCCCAAGCCACUGGCCAGUCUGGGAAACAAAAGGCAGUAAUGACAGAGCCUGAAGACAACGAAUCCUCCGCUGAUGAUGAUGACUCGCAGACGGUUCGCCAUAGGUCCUUGAGACACACUGAAGAAGGAUCUUCAGCUGCUGGUGAAGGCACAUAUGCUUCCCAAGCCCAAGCGCCAACUAUUGUGAACAACUCUCCACCUCCUGCGGGCGCUGCCAAUAAUGCACAGUUGGCCUUGAUCCCAGUGCAGAUCAUAGAUGAUAGCUCGCCUGAGGCCGAAGAUAGAGUACCGCUACCGGAUGCACCUCACGAGGAACCAAGCGAUAUACCUGUCCUGGAACAGAUAGCGCCUGACUCAAUUCCUGUUCCCAGCGAAGCUAACCCAGAGGCAAUGCCAGCGGUCGUUGAGCGUGAGCCCCCAGCCGAGGAGGUAUUUCCUUUAACCAACUAA